UGCGCCUUGGAUAAGGAGGUGUGGGUCGCGCGAGUCCAGGGGGGCCCUGCGAGUCGUGCUCUUCGCAGAAGGCUGGGGGGCGGGGGCGAGACCGGCCGAUCGGAGCGGCGGGGGCAAUCUGGUGGCCAAAGCCCCCAGAGCGUCUCACUCCACCACCCCCCGCUCCCGCCCCUCGGCCGCGGCGCCGCGGGAAAGUCUAGGUUUCUCCCGUCCACGAUCGCGCUGCCCCCCGCUUGCGCUCUGAGCCAUCCCUCCCUGACGGCGAAUUCAACAGGAAAGGCCGCGACAGGAGCCGGCCCGCGGCCAUCUGCCGCCCCGGCGUCCCGGGGACCCCGCUCUGCCGCCACGCCACGUGACUCUGCCGCCCCCUGCGGUCGCAGGCCCGUGCCUCUCCUCUCUCGCGUGUCUGGACUCUCAGAGCUUGAAGACUCAGGCCCUACGGAGCUAGCUGGCCAGCGCUCACCCGCGCAGCCAUGGAGGCCCUGGGUCCUGGGGGCGACCGCGUCUCCCCCGCCUCAUCCACGCGCAGCCUGGACCUGCGGCGGCUGUCGGUGCGCGCCGACUCGGCCUACAGCUCCUUCUCCGCAGCCUCGGGCGGCGCCGAGCCGCGCACGCCGUCUCCGGAGCCCGAUCUUCUUCCCUACCUAGACUGGGACUACGUGCGCGUGGUGUGGGGCGGCCCGGCCCCCACCUCGGCCGCCGCCGCCCUGCGCGCCUCCCCGCAGCCCCGGCCCGCGGCCGCCGCGCGCAACGGGCUGCGCGCCCCGCAGGUCCAGGGGGCGCCGGGGCCGCUCAGCAGGCAGGCCACCCCGCUGCUGUUCGCGCUGGCGGCCGAGGCGGAGGCCGCAGCGCGGGCCGCCGAACCGCCCAGCCCGCCGGCCUCGAGGGCCGCCUACCGACAGCGGCUGCAAGGCGCUCAGCGGCGAGUCCUCCGGGAGACGUCCUUCCAGCGCAAGGAGCUCCGCAUGAGUCUGCCCGCCCGCCUGCGGCCCGCGACCCCCGGGCGGCCCCCGGCGGCGCACCCGCGCUCCGCCUCGCUCGGCCACCCGGGCGGGGAAGGGGAGCCGGCGCGCUCAGGGGCUCCCGCGCCUGGAACAGCCGGCCCGGGCCGCCUCGCCAACCAGCCGCAGCAGUGGUGCUUCUCGGAGCCAGGGAAGCUGGAUGGCCUGGGUCGGGGCGUCGGGAUGGCGGGGGAAUGCUCGGGUGGGGCCUGCUCCGGCUUUGGCUUCGCCAGGCGUGAGACCCAGGGAUUGCAGCAUCAGGCGGUGGCGGCGUUUGAAGGUCACCAGAUCAGGUGGCUGAGAGGCACAGAGGACCGCGAACCCCUGUCCUUGAAGCUCCACGACGACGUCUACAGGCCUGCUCGGAGUCAGAGCGCGGCAGGGGAAGCUUUGGGUGCCUGGGGAGGCCCAGGAGGGGCCGUGCCCAUCCUCCAGGCUGUUCCUCAAGGAGCAGAACCCAGACCCUUGUUUCAGACCACACAUACCAGGUUCCUGACUCAGAAGGAAGCUGCAGUGGUGUGUCCUGCAGAGGGUCCCCAGAGCAGGCCCAUUGACUGUGAGCUCAGAGUCCCAGAGACCCACAUUGUGUGUGCCCGGCUCCCUUCCCUUCCUGAUGAUGAUGUCUUCCUGGAAGAAGUCCCGCUGGUCAGAAUGAGAGCACCUCCAGACUCCCAUGCCCCGCCCCGGCUCCCAGCCAGUGUCCAUGCUUCUGACCCACAACAUGGAGCUGGCUUGGGCCAAAGGCCUGGCAGGGCUACAGUUUCCCCAGAGCACCCCCUGCUUGAGUGCCUAGAGACUGCAGGGACAGGUGACUGCUGGCCCACAUGCUGUGGUUCCCCUGGGCCUGCAAAUGGUGAUGUCCCAACCCACGACUGCACUGGACUGCUGACGACAGACUUCCCUGCAGCUGUAGAGCGUGACUCCCUCAAACCUCUCCCAGUCGAUGCCCUGGGACCUCCAGGCAGUGACACCCAAGGGCCUCCCGAUGACACUGCCUGGGCUUGGGGCCCUGUCCAGCCUGAUUCUAAGCCGACAUGGCCAAAUCCACGCCUGGAGCAGCUGGUUCAGGAGCUUGCCAGACUGGAUCCCUCUCUGAGUGACACUCUCACAUCCUAUCCCAGCCCAGAGCCACCUCUGGAUCUGCUGGAUGGGCUGAUUCCUUUAGCUGAGGUCUGGGCUGCAAUGAGACCAGCCGGUGGCAAGGCUGGAGAGGAGGCUGCUGGUAUUUCUGAGCCAGGUUCCACCCAGGUCCUGCCAACUUCUCAGGAGGAAGCAAGGCCUGAAAACCUUACCCCUCCCCCUGUGUCUGAAAUGCCAUGUAGCCAGGGUCUGCCUGAGCCAAACAGCAGCAUCCAAGCUAAGAAAGUGGAGCUCGCGGACCUCCUGCAAAAGAUGCUGCGGAGCCUUCAAGCGGAGCAGGAGCAGCUGCAGGGGACAGCCCAGACCUGGGCCAGGCGUGGGGCUGCGCUGGAGGCCGCGGUAGGCCAGGCCUGUGCACCCCGCGAGCUAGAGCGGUUCAGCCGGUUCAUGGCCGACCUAGAGCGUGUGCUUGGCCUCCUGCUGCUACUGGGCAGUCGCCUGGCUCGCGUGCGCCGUGCCCUGGCUCGAACGGGAGCACACGGCGACCCCGAGGAGCAGGCCUCUCUGUUGCAGCGCCUCGGGCUCCUGCAGCGGCAGCAGGAGGACGCCAGGGAGCUGAAGGAGCACGUGGCGCGGCGCGAGCGGGCCCUCCGGGAAGUGUUGGUGCGGGCGCUGCCUGCCGGGGAGCUGCGCGCCUACUGCGCCCUCCUGGCCGGCAAGGCCGCCGUCUUGGCCCAGCAGCGCAGCUUGGACGAGCGGGUCCGGCUCCUUCAGGACCAACUGGAGGCCGUCAGGAGCGGCCUAGGCCACCAACCCCCAUCUCCCAGGCUGGCCUCUUCCCCCGGGACCCGUCCUCCGGAUAAACCUCCCUUCUCCCCUCUGCUUAUUUAGUUGUCAGCGGUGGCGGUGGGGAGCUUGGCCCCUGCCUUUCGCUCACGAGGCCGGGGGUGACGCUGGUUUAUUCGGUGCUUUUCCCGUGGGGUGGGGGUGACCCAGCCAGGCCCUCCCAGGAUACUUCAGAGUAUUGUCAUGUGGCCUCACCCAAGCCGUGUGAUUAUGUGGUAAUUAACUUAUGGAUUUUACAAACUGCAGUAUUCCCCCUUUCUGUGAUGAGAGAUGGGCUUGGUCAGGGUUGGGUGGAGGGUGAGGAGACAAGUCAGAGUCUCAACUUAAGAUGCAAAACAGCCUUUUUCUCCUCAAUAAACAUGGAUGUGAGAAGUGUGACGCCAGCUGAGCAUGGCUUGGGGGAAGGGUCUUAUUGACUGAUUACAGACAGCCCCUUACCUGACCAGAGCAGAAGAGGGAAUUGUUGGAGGAUAUCAGGGAGGUCUGAGAAUCAGGAAGACGAGAACCAGGUUUGAAAACAGGAGGGGCCAGUAAACCCUAACUGUUCUGGUAACGGUAUCACUACCAAAGCCGAGGCCUGACUGCCUGAGUCAGGUCUCCUUUGCUGGUUUUACCCAAGUCCCCAACCUCAGUCGUGGAAGUGGGGUACUGCCUCCCUUCAAGACUCCAUGGAUAUGGCUUAAAGUCCCCCAUGUUUUCCAAUGUUUUGCUGCCUAAGAACCCUGACAAAUGCCCAGUACACUUGGAAAUUUGGGGACAUUCAUUCCAAGAGCUUUCUUCCUCUUCCAAUUAUGUUAUCAACAUUGACUUUAUCCCACUCUCCUACGGAGACUCCCCUGGGUCAGCCAGGCUUGAGGAGGCAGUUAGGGGUGGGAGCAGAAGGUGAGGCAUGGGGAGACCUGGAGACCUACCUGUGAGAGCUGAGGCCCCGGGGAGGCAGCUCAUCUGUGUGCUAGAGACUCGGACUUGGGGGUGGGCUGGGGUUGGAGGGGCUGAAACAGGACAGGCACUCUCCUCCAUGUGAGCAUCGGCCCAGUGUACCCAGAAUCGGUGUUAGGUUCUCAAAUACACCUGUGAAAGUCUGCUUCAGCCUUUGUAGCUGCAAACACCAGGGAGAUUCAGAGCAUGGUUCAUGCAAACUCUGUGUAUUUUUGGAAGCCGGGCACAUUAGAAAGCAUGUGUAUUUAAAGCCACGGACCCCAAAGUGAGAAAUCGCUGCUGCUGGGCUUGUUUUCUGAUGCCUAUUGUCACAAAGUGCAACUGGGUGGGCAUUUUAAAUGGUGGCAUUCAUAGCAGAAGCCUUAGUGACAACAGUGGCGCUAUUGAGCACAGAACAAAGCUCACAUUGUGCCUUUUUAUAAAAAACAUAUGGGGCUCCUGCAGAGGCAGUUGCGGGUUCUAACAUUAUGCUUUGAACACUGCGGAGCCCCGGCUCAGCCUAGCAGGGCAGCUGGCUUCUAGACGCGUUCUGGAUGGGAUCUGCUUAUUUCUGUCUUUUGCCCUGUACAGGCCCCAUUGCACUAUCCCAUUGUGACAUUCUUAGAAACACACUUAAAGGGUCCGUUAGACCAGUGGAAAUUGAGUAUUUCAGAGAAAGCACUCCCAGGCCGGAAUGGCCGGAAUGGGUGGAAUGGGCCUGGGGAGCAGCGUCUGCCAUUGUCCAGUUAAAUUGCACUUUGGUUCUGUGUUGCGGUUCCCCAUGGGGCAGUACAAGGCUUCUCUGUUUUUCCCUACAGAUCGGGGGAGCCACCAAAGUAGGUGGACACCAACAGCGCCCGGCUUUUCAUGUUGUCCCCGUCUCCCUCCUGCCCCAGUUAUUCUCCCGCCCACACCGUUAUUCUUUCAGAGAGCAAGAAUGAGCUCACCAUGGGUGCGCAGUGUUGGUAUCACAAACCCAGCCUUGAAGGGCCAGGAGCCGGGUGACUUUCACCCCCAGGACGCUGCCAGCAGAGGGCACUGUUCUCCUUGCGAUGGAAGCUGCUACCCUCACUGGACCACCUGCAGCCUCCCAGCUCCCAGGCCCCUGGGCCAGCCGCGGGGGAGCAGCGUCCCUGCUGGGCCUGGAGGCUGGGGUUAGGCUAUUUUGCUUCUGUCGGAAAGCAGUUCUGGCCCGGCAGCCCUUGGGAAGGCUGUCUCGCUUUCCUUAGCUGUUGGUUAAUGAGAAGUGAAGAGGAGGGAAGCCGGGGGUUUUGAUCUCGAGUAUCAGUAUAAAAAAAAAGUCCCCCAGGGUGGA